AUGGCCACUCCUGUCAGUUGUAGAGCUUUAGCUAACUCGACAGCAACAAGCUCCAAAGGAUUUGUAUCUGGAGUUUUGAGCAGACAAAGCAAACAUAAUCAGUUGGGGAGCUCGAUAACUCGUAGAUAUAAAUCUGGUCCUUAUGGUUAUACACAAGCUAAGUCACUUGUGUAUUCGAAAUAUGGGGAACCGGCGGAUGUUUUAUCUCUUCACAACCACUCCAUCUCCCCCUCUCUUCCCUCAAAAUCCAUACUUCUUCGCACCCUCGCUACUCCCAUAAACCCCGCCGAUAUCAACCAAAUACAAGGAGUCUACCCCUCCCGUCCCCCCUUCACCAGCCUCCUUGGAACCGCGUCUCCCUCUGCCGUCGGCGGUAACGAAGGUUGUUUCGAAGUCAUGUCACUUGGGCCCGGUAUCUCUACUCUUACAAAAGGCGAUUGGGUCAUUAUGAAAUCAACUGGAUUUGGAACCUGGAGAACGCAUGCUAUAGCGGAAGAAUCCCAGGUCCUCAAGAUUGGCAAUAAAGAGGGCUUGAAACCAAUUCAAGUGGGCACUGUAAGUGUCAACCCAUGCACGGCUUAUAGAAUGUUGAGAGAUUUUGAGUCUAUGGUGGAGGGAGAUUGGUUUAUACAGAAUGGAGCGAAUAGUGGGGUGGGGAGGGCGGCGAUACAGUUGGGGAGGAGGUGGGGGCUCAGGAGUAUCAACAUUAUACGGGAUCGAGAGAAUGUUGAAGAGACUGAGGCGAUGAAGAAGGAAUUGUUGGAAUUGGGUGCUACGAAAGUGGUGACGGAAUCGGAAUUGAUGGCUCAAGGUUUCAGAGAUCAAGUCAAGGAAUGGACGAAUGGGGGCAGGGAAAAGGUUCGUGUGGGGUUGAACUGUGUGGGUGGGAAGGCGACGAGUGCACUGGUCAAAUGUUUGAGUAAUGGAGGACAUUUGGUUACAUAUGGAGGAAUGUCGAAGAAACCGUUGGAGAUCUCGACGGCAGCGUUGAUUUUCAAGGAUAUCAAAUUCAGUGGGUAUUGGGUUAGCAGGUGGAGUGAUGGGAACCCAGACGAGAAGAAGAGAACUGUCGAUGAAAUUUUGGAGAUGACGAGGUUGGGGAUGUUUAAGGAUAUUCCGGUCCAAGAACUCAAGUGGGAUUGGGACACGAAGGAGGAUGUUUUGAAGUCCGCAGUGAGAGGAACGUUGGAUGGAUUUAGGAAUGGCAAGGGUGUUUUUGUUUAUGGGGAUACCUAG